AAAGUAUAUUUCUAUACGUUUUGCUGCUCUCUCCGAUCACCAGAAGAUGACGCCAAAGAAGAAGUUCAGAGGUGUCAGGCAACGUCACUGGGGAUCUUGGGUUUCUGAAAUUCGCCAUCCUUUGCUGAAAAAGAGGGUAUGGCUAGGCACGUUUGACACGGCAGAAGAGGCAGCAAGAGCAUAUGACGAAGCAGCCAUUUUAAUGAACGGGCGAAAUGCAAAGACAAACUUCCCAUUAACUCUUCAUCAUCAAAAUUCUGGUGGAGAACCAAACACUAGUAAUGAUCAAGAAUCACCAACAAAAUUAAUAUCUCCAAAACCCUUAUCAGAAAUUCUUCGAACUAAAAUCCAAAAAUGCAACAAGGCACCAUCUCCAUCUCUUACCUGUUUGAGGCUGGACGUCGAGGAUUCCGGUAUUGGGGUGUGGCAAAAGCGUGCUGGUCCAUCAUCAGAUUCAAAAUGGGUAAUGAGGGUCGAGUUUGAUCAGAAUAAAGAGAAAUAUUCAAAAUCUACAGAAGAUAAAGAAUUUAUUUCUUCAUCCAAGUCCCCAGAACUGCAGUUUCAAGGCUCGACCAUGACAAGUGAAAUGGAAGAAGAGGAGAGAAUUGCACUGCAGAUGAUUGAAGAACUUCUUCAAACGUGAACAGGUUCCACAAAGGUUUGUGUAUUUGGGAAGGACAGAAAAAAUAUAUUCCUUUUAGUUCUUGUUACAAAAUUAUAAAUUAACAGUAUCAAGGUUAUGGAAAAUAAGAAUUAAAAUAGUUUAAUUGGAAAAAUAAAACUGAAAUAUAUGUUGCAGAUAU